AUUUAUAUAUAGAGCAGCUCCAUACAUUUGCUUCGUCUUUGUCACACUCAAGACAAACAUGUCAAAUGAAUGUCAAAAAUUCAAAACAAAACGGUCGGGCGCGCGUACAGAGUUGAUCGAAAAAGUAUUAAGUUCUCUAAUUUAUGAUUAUUUUAAACUUUUUAAGUAGAAUUGUGUAGCGAAAGUGGUAUUUAGUGUUAUUGGUAACAAUGCCUCCUACCGACGCGGAAGUUUUGCAGCCGGUGGCCACAACCACAAUUAAGCCGAACCCGCGAAACAAUCCUACGAUGUUCAAAAUAUUUCAGAACGUACAAUACAAUGUAGUUCAACACAAGAAAUACGUGAAGGAAAUGAUUAAAUUGUAUAAAAAGCUUGACGAAGACAGUUUCCGAGAGAGUUUCAAGAAUGCUUUACACUAUUUAUUCACAUUUGGUGACACAAGUGCCAAUGUGGACAGAGUGGUGCAGUUUGUGGCUACCUUCUGCACAUCUUUAGAUGAUGAGGAGGAGUUUCUACUGUUCAUAUUUGAUAUUAUAUUUGAUUGUCAGUGUGUGUCGGGUCAGUCGGUGAGGUACCGUGCCAGUCAGCUGUUGGCUGCGGUGUUAUCUGCUCUGGGUGAUGACGCCUCACUUGAUGAUGACCUCUGUGACAAGUUACUGGCUUCACAGAUGCAAAGGUUGCAAGACACGCGCGGUGCUGUGCGCUGUCGGGCGGCGCUUGCGUUGCAGCGGCUGCAGAAUCCUAUGGAGCAGGAUGAUGAAGUUACCCGUGCUUAUCGAUUCCAUAUGAGCUGUGACCCUAGUUCUUCCGUCAGAAGAGCCAUCGUGAUGUCCAUCGCUAAAUGCAGUCGUAACGUACCGUUCGUGUUGGAGCGCUUGUGUGACGUCGACGAGGCAGUCCGUCGCGCCGCCUUCCUGUACAUCGCGGCCAUCAAUGUCACGCAACUGAGGGUCCGACAGAGGGUACUUACACUUAAGGUGGGACUCACUGAGCGUAGUCUGCGCGUGCGUCGCGUCGUCGAAGAAAUAUUGAUCCCUGGCUGGCUGGCAACUUUCCAAGGCAAUAUAGUAGACUUGUUGAAGGCGAUACGAUUGGACAACGCUCACGAUGCUAAGGACUCACAGUAUGUAGCUGGAAAACUGUUGGAGUCGUUGUUCAAGCGUCUACCAAUAUCGGAGCUACUAGAAUGGCUGCCCACCGACAAAACGCUCCGCCUCAUCCCCGCUGACAAACUCAACAAGGAGACGGCGUGGUACUGGCGCCAUCUAGCGGAGCAUCUGCAGAAGAUAGAUGAUGAUGAGACCCUGGAGACUAUACUACCUGACUUGGUUGUACUCACUGGAUAUAUCAGAGCUAUCGUAGAGUCCCCGUGUCCGUGUGAGAGCUCGGACCCGGUGGGCUUCAGUACGCGCCAACACGUCCUGCACGAGCUGGCCACCAUGCUGCGGGUGUAUGACGUCACGGACCCCAGCGGCCGGACCGCGCUGCAGACGCUCAUCACUGAUGUACUGACUGGCGACUACGGUCCCCUGAGCGCGGACGUGCUGCGCGCCUUCGUGUCGGCCCUGUCGCAGGUGGUCCCGGACGCGGCGGCGCGCGUGGACCUGGUGAGCGGCGUGCUGGCGGCCCUGCGCGACCCGCCCGAGCCCGACCUGCCGCCCGCGCCCGCGCCGCUCGUCGACAACUCGGAGGCCAAGCUGCAGAGGGCCAGGCUCCGCGUCUCUUUGAACGUUGCGAUCGAAGCUCAAGAAGAAGCCGUCAGAGAUCAGAACUACGCUCUAGCUGCGGAAUGUAAAGCCAAGGUGAAAGACAUACAAAAGAAGUUGGAUGAGUUGUCUAUACAGCCAGUGGCACCUGCUCCAGUGCCUGUACCAACUAUUAAAGAGAAAUUAUCGGACGCGGCGACUCUCACCAAGUGCCUGACGAUACUAAACUGUGCUCUCGACACGCCGCAACUCAAAACUGUCACGCCGAUGAUGCGAAUGAUGUUCAACGAAUUAGAGGUGGAGAUAUUCCAAAAUCCGGAGAUAGUUGACACGGCGUUGGAAACAGUAGCGUUGUAUGGAAUGUUAGACAAGGAGUUCGCUAAAGAAAACAAGGCCUUCUUUUUUGCUAAUUUGAUCGACACGUCCAACGAGCGCACAGUGUCCACAGUCCUCCGCUGUGUCGUGGACCUGCUGUGCGUGCACGGCGCCCGGCUGUUCGAGGACGACGCGCACGACGAUACCUCUGUCAACACCACCAAGAAGUCUAGGGGAUACAGUGUUAUUGAUGAUGAUGGCACUUUAUCAGAGUCCGCACUAUCCAUGUCUUCAGCUCACAGCACGGUCAUUGAAUUGCUACUCAAGAUUAUGGAUAGCACGUGUGCGGCCUACCGACUAAUCAUAGUGGAAGGACUGUGCCGUCUCAUACAUUUGGGACAUCUCGAGUCUCCGGCCAUACUGAGCAGGCUAAUACUGCUCUGGUUCAAUCCAGCUACAGUUGAUGAAGAUAUGUUACGGCAAUCCAUUGGAGUGUUCUUCCAAACGUUCCCGAUAAGUGUAGACGGUGCUCAAGAACAAAUACAGAAAGCAACUCUGCCCACUCUCCGUGCGCUAGCUAACGCGCCCUCAAGUUCGCCUCUCGCGGAAAUUGAUCAAGAAGCGGUCGUGCGGUUCAUAGUGUCUCUAACUAGAGUCAAUCAUGAGCUGGCGGACAGCCAGGGCGGCAUGGCGGCGGUCCUGUGCCAGGCGCUGGUGCGGCGGCCGGGCGCGGCGGAGGCGGCGCUGGCCUGCCGCCUGCUGGCGCUGCUGGCCCCGCCACGGGACUGCAGCCGGGCCGCCGAGCUCGCCAGGAUGCUCAGGGACCUGUGUCUGAAACUUCCUGACAAGCAGUCUUGCCGUAAUCUGACUAGAUAUCUCGGUGCUCUAGAAGCGACAGAGCGAGCCAGUCUCAAUAAAAUGUCACAAUCAGGUAUAACGGAAGGUAUGACCAUGCAAGAAGAUUCGUUAGCAACGAUAGGAAGAGCUACUACAUCUUUACCUCAACCGAUAGCCCGAAGCACACACGUCGUGAUCAACGAAACUGUUGAAGAAGAGGUUGAAAUAGACGAGACUACACCGCCAGAGGGACUAUCCAGGAUAUCUGAAGCACAACCUCAAGCGGAGAGCAGUCGCGCGGAAAGCAACUCAACGGUGACAGAAGCAGCGCCCUCUGCUGACCCUACGGACGUAGCCUCAGACUCCAGCAGUGGGGUAUCACCCGUUAAGAAGGCGAAGAUCACUAAAGGCCGGAAGAAAAAGCUCUCUAUGACCAGACAGACAAGUGGUUCAGAUUCGAGUAAAACGACCAAAGAGAAGGGUGACAAAAAAGGUCGCAAAGAAGAUCAGGAAGUAGCGGGCGGUGUUAAACGAAGUAGGUCGCAACGGUCGCUCGUCGAUGUUGAGAGAGGACAAAAAGCGAAGGCCGAAGCUAAAGCAAAGGCGAAAGAGACUAAACCCAAGAAGGUGGCCUCUCCUGAGCCAUCGUCAUCACCACUGUCUGAUCUCGACGUGUCUAACGUGACUGUAAGGAGGUCAGUUAGAGGUCUGCAGUCAGGCUCGAGUACAGACUCCAACGGAUCCACUAAAACAAAGGCGACCAAAGGGAAGAGUAAAGAACAGUCAAACGAAAAGCCUGUACCGGCUCAAUCCACUCGUACGACUCGUUCGUCGGCGGGCUCUCGCCGCAGCAGCGCGGGCUCCGUGCGCUCAACACUCGACGACUCGGACGACACCAUGCUACACACCAUCGUAUACGAGAAGGAGUUUGUACAAUCAGUCCUGAAUGAUUCGAGUGAGCUGGCAGAUGAAACUAGACGGGACUCCAAAGCUAACAUCACCAUUCCUGAGACACCUGAUGCCAGUGAAGAAUCCGACUCUGAACCUGAACCUGAAAUACCGAAAAAAGGCAAACGAAACGGCAAGAAAAAGUAGUUCAAUUUUACAUUUUUUUUAUAAUAUAAAAGUAAUUAUUUUUCUAAA